AGUUUGGCCGCCCCAUGUCCCGAAGCCGCUCUGGGACCUGGGUGCAGGCUAGGGCCUGAAUACUCUAACUCAUUUAUCAGCCCCACUUUCGGGGUGCAGGUGGGCCUUGCCCCCUUUUCCCUCGAAGGUCCUGGACGGAGAGGAGCCGUGCCCCAGAACUUCUCUCGGUGCCCAGAGGACUGUUUUACACGGAGCAGACGCCCAAUAUUGGAUUCAGUGGCAGUACUAGAGUCUGCGGCUUUUAUUUUAUGAAAGUCUUUAGCUUCUACUCUCUUCCUCCUCCGUUCACGAAACGGUGUACUCUCCCUUUAAGACUAAAAUGGUGGCUGGCUACGAUCAGGACUCCACUUCCGGUGGGGAGGGGGCGGGACCCCAGCCCGCUCACGCCGGAAGUGGUUUGCGUUUUCAAGAUGGCGACUCCCUAUGUAACUGACGAGACCGGCGGCAAAUACAUUGCCUCAACACAACGACCCGACGGGACCUGGCGGAAGCAGCGGAGGGUGAAAGAAGGCUAUGUGCCCCAGGAGGAGGUCCCAGUGUAUGAGAACAAGUAUGUGAAGUUUUUCAAGAGUAAACCCGAACUGCCCCCAGGUCUGAGCCCCGAGGCCACUGCUCCUGCCACCCCAUCCAGGCCAGAAGGUGGCGAACCAGGCCUCUCCAAGACAGCCAAACGCAACCUGAAGCGGAAGGAGAAGCGGCGGCAGCAGCAAGAGAAAGGGGAGGCAGAGGCCUUAAGCCGGACUCUCGAUAAGGUGUCCCUGGGAGAGACUGCCCCACUCUCCAGCGCUCCGCAGGGCUCCCGGGCAGCCCCUGCAGCUGCCUCUGACCAGCCUGACUCAGCCGUCACCACCGAGAAGGCCAAGAAGAUAAAGAACCUAAAGAAGAAGCUUCGGCAGGUGGAAGAGCUGCAGCAACGGAUCCAGGCUGGGGAAAUCAGCCAACCCAGCAAAGAGCAGCUGGAGAAGCUAGCGCGGAGGAGGGCGCUAGAGGAGGAGCUCGAGGACUUGGAGCUGGGCCUGUGAGGCCUUUGGGGAGCAGGGAAUGGACUGCAGAAAAAACCAUGGGGCUCUCUGGGGUCCUGGGGAAUGUGGGCAGCAGCAGUCAGGGGGGUACCCCCUCCCUACUGACUCACUUCCACUUCUCGUGGCCCAACUCCGUCCUCCGGAGCCUAGCCUCGCCGUCAUUCCUUCCCUCUUCUUCCCAACUCCUAUUUUUUGGACUUUUCUCCUUCCCAUUCCCAGUGUUCAAAAUCUCAGUGAUUACCCCAGGUACCUUUGCUGCUGAUUUGGGUGUCUUGUUUAAAAGAAAAUUGGGCGGGUGGGAAUGUCUUAGAGAACUGAGGUUGAGGGUAGGGGGAGUACACUCAAGUCGGAGUCUUGGUUCCUGUUCACAGUGUUUAUGGGUUAUUUCCCCCGCCAUCCCUCACCGUUUUUUUUUUUGUUGUUGUUGUUGUUUUGUUUUUUUGUUUUUUGUUUUUUGUUUUUUUUUUAA